UAACUCACAUCCAGAGUGACAAUCAUGGGAGAAAACAAAUUAGAUACAAACAAGACAGUGAAGGGAGAAGAAGAAAUAUGGAGAUACGUAUUUGGUUUUGUGAAUAUGGCAGCAGCAAAGUGUGCCAUUGAGCUUGGCAUAGCUGAUGUUAUAGAAAACCACAAAACUCCCAUCACAGGUUCAGACUUAGCCUCCAUAAUUGGCUGUGAACCAUCUUUUCUCCACCGAAUUAUGCGAUUUCUAGUCCAUGAACGUGUAUUUAAAGAGGAACCCACGAGCCAAGGCACGAUGGGUUAUGUGCAAACACCUCUGUCGCGUCGACUACUGAGUCGAGGAGGAGAGAAUAGCUUGGCUGAUCUUCUUCUGUUAGAGAGCAGCCCUGUUAUGCUGGCACCUUGGCAUCAUCUAAGCACCCGAAUACGUGCAAUUAGUGCUACUACUGCGUUUGAAGGCGCUCAUGGCAAGGAUGUGUGGGCAUAUGCAGAAGCUGAUUCUGCUUACAGCAAACUCAUCAAUGAUGCAAUGGCUUGUAAUGCAAUAAUUGUAGUGCCUGCGAUACUUGAAGGGUGUGGAGAGGUGUUUGAUGGGGUUUCUUCAUUGGUGGAUGUUGGUGGAGGUAAUGGCACAACUUUGAGUAUGUUGGUCAAGUCAUGUCCAUGGAUGACAGGCAUCAAUUUUGAUCUUCCUCACGUUGUGUCUGCUGCGACAGAGUGUUCUGGUGUUCAACAUGUUGCAGGUGACAUGUUUGAUAAUAUUCCAAAGGCUGAUGCUGUCUUUAUCAAGUGGGUUUUGCAUGACUGGGGAGAUGAUGAAUGCAUCCAAAUCCUGAAGAACUGCAGGGAAGCAGUACCAAGUGAUAAAGGGAAGGUUAUAAUUGUAGAAGCUGUGAUUAAAGAGGAGGGAGGGGACAAGCUAGAGGGUGCAAGGUUAAUGUUAGACAUGGCAAUGAUGGCUCAUACAACCCAAGGAAAAGAAAGGACUUUGAAGGAGUGGGAUUAUGUUCUUAAGGAGGCUGGAUUUAGCAAAUAUAACAUCAACCCCAUUCGUGCUCUACAAUCCGUUAUCGAGGCUUUUCCUUGAUCUAUCAUGCUAUUGAUAAAAAUGUAUUGUGUUUUGUGAUUGAUCUUUGAACCUUUCUGUAAUAGCUUCCUUGUUCAUAUGGAAGCUGCUUAAUAAAAUAAUGAACAUCUUUACCCUUGUUGGUGUUGUUUGUCCUAAAAAAAAAAGGUCUUGUAAUGGGUUUUGCAUGAUUUUGGGAAUGAUCAAGACUGAGAAAGAUAUUUGUCU